GCCGUGCUAGUAUGAUCUCCGAACAAUUCUCGCCAACAUCAGCAGCUCGACCCAGGACACCCCAAAGCUCUCCAUCAUCCACUCAGUAGGGAGCUCCUGCUCAAUUACAUCGUGAGACACGGAAAGCAAACCUUUCUUUCAGACACCGUUCUCGCUCUCUGCUCUCUCAUACAAAGACGCACAUCUCUAUUAUGGGGUCAUCUUUGGGAAGGCACGUGCACGAGAAAGUUGAAACAGACACCACCAGCGGCGAUCUCCAAGACAUUCGAGACCUGUACCAGUCAACCGAUCCUGAAAAGCAACCCAGCCUACUAGCCCACAUCGCCGCCCGGGCGGCAGGCAAAGCUCAGCUCGACAUAUUGGACUGGGUCCUCAGCGAGGGGUUUCACGUCGCCCCAGGCUCCUUGAACAAUGAGUUCUACCAUCAAGCCUGCUACGCACAAUCCCUUGCCGUCUGGAAGAGCCUGGUCAAGAACGGGCUCGAUCUGAACGGCCACCACAGCGAGGUCUUCGGCGAUGCGCUGAGUCUAGCAGCCUACUACGGCAAUGUGGAAAUCGCGCGCUUCCUGCUGGAGAACGGACAGGAUCCCAACGAGGCGUGGGGCGGGUACGAUGACCUGGAGCCCGGCGUGGCCGUUGCCGCGCACAUUGCCGCGGCGGAGCUGGGUAAUAUGGAGGCGCUGAAGCUGCUGGUGGAGCAUGGGCCGGAUCUGGAGGAAGCCAGUGGGUGGUGGACGAACUGUGGAAUCGUGGAGGCGGAUCAAUGGGGCACGGCGUUGUAUCGUGCGGCGUAUAAGGGCCAGCGAGAGCCGGUGAUGUAUCUGCUGGGCAAAGGGGCGAAUGUUCACUUUAGAGAUGAGAUGGGGCGAUCGAAUCUGUGGGCUGCAAAGCAGGGAGGGAAUGAGGAGGUGAUUGAGUUGGUGAAAUCGGCUGGUCUGGAGGAUGAGUGA